AUGGACACUGCAGACUAUAGCCAGGCUUCACUUGUCUUGCCAUCUGGCCACCAGGGGGGGGGAGGUGCUGCGUCAGCCCUGCUGCUCGGACCCCUCGCCUGCUGCCGGGAGCUGUCAGCUUCGGCCCGGCUCUAUCACAAGAAGGCUGUCCAUCAUUAUGAAAAUCCCAGAAACGUGGCGUCUCUUGACAAGACAUCCAAAAGUGUUGGGACUGGAUUGGUGGGGGCUCCAGCGUGUGGCGAGGUGAUGAAAUUCCAGAUCCAGGUGGAUGAGAAGGGGAAGAUCCUGGGCGCCAGGUUUAAAACAUUUGGCUGCGGUUCCGCAGUCGCCUCCAGCUCGCUGGCCACCGAAUGGGCGAAAGGAAAGACGGUGGAGGAAGCCUUGACCAUCAAGAACACAGGCAUCGCCAAGGAGCUGCGCCUGCCCCCCGUGAAGCCGCACUGCUCCGUGCUGGCUGAAGGUGCGAUCAAGGCCGCCCUGGCUGAUUACAAACUGAAGCAAGAACCCUAGAAAGGAGAGGCGGCGAGGGAAUGAGCCCCUGGCG